GUGUCCUGGGUUUGAGUCCCGGACCUGCCUCUUAACUUGUGUGACCACUCCCCCUCCCCCUUUUUUUGUAAGAUGGGGCGAAUAGUAUCUGAUCCAUUGAUGGGUUGAUUGGUUUAUUCAUUCUAGGUUCUUUGGUUGGUUCUCGAGCUAGACAGAGACGGAUAGACAGAAUCUGUCCUUGCGGGGUUCACAGUGAAGUGAGAAAAUAUGCACCUAUUUCUUUGAGAAAGUUUAUAGGGGGAUUGAAUACAAUUAGAAUUUGGGAGUUCUUUGAGAAAAUGAACUGCUUUUCCAAUGAGAGAUGUUAAAUUGAACAUAUAAAAAUUUAGACUUUUAUUGAGAUCGGGCAUUUAGAAUUGUUAUUUAGAAGGAAUGCACAUUGUUAGCUGAUUUUAUGAUGAAAACUUAUGUGCUCACAGAAAAAUUUACAAAGUACAUUCACAACUGUAGAACAUUUGAUCUUGAUGGCCAAACUCGGUAAUCACAGCAGGUGGUGUUAUCUUCAUUUAACUAGUUAGGAAACAGAGGUUGAGGUUAAAUGACGUACCCAGAUUCUCACCACCAGUAAGUGAGGACUCUUGAACUAAUGCUAGGUAGCCUUCAUGUUUCCACUUUGUUUUUUAUAAAACGAGUCAUUCAUAUGAGAAAAAGGGAGUUCCACUGGGUCAGGUAUGAUCAUUAAGCAGACUUUUAUUGACUCUUAAAUUGUUCUGUAACUCUUGGCGUUCUUCUCACUCUCUACCCUCACUUUAUCUGCACUCAAAUGUUGACCUCCUUUACACCUAUGAGACCCAAAUCUGUAUCUUCACCCAGACAAUUUCAAACGACUAAAUUCACUCAUCCCCUGGGCAUUUCCACUUGGCUGCCCCCACAGGUAUCUCAAACUUGAGAUCUCCUAAACUGUACACACUGUAUUUCACAAACUUACAUUCCAAAUCUGAAUGAUUGCAAUUGCUAUCCAACGAGUUGCCCAAGCACAAAACCUGGUUUCUUUCCUCCUCUCUGAUCACCAAGUGCUGUCAAAUUCUGUUUUCUAAAGAAAUCCCAAAUCCAUCCUCUCUGUCUGCCUUGACUCUUCCUUCAUUCUUGCGCUUAGAGAUUGUGGUAAUAACUUCUUCAUGUCUCUCUUUAGCUUUUAAUCUCAGCUGCCUUCAGUCCGUUUUCCAUUCUGUGUUGUGAUCAUUCUGUUGUCUGAAUAUCAUCAUAUCACUCACUUGCUUAAAUCGCUUCGAAGUUUUUUUUUGGGGGGGUGGUGGUGGUGGUGGAAGGGUUCAUCUUCAAUGUAAUUUCUUUAGUACUGAUUCAAGGUGUUUCCUGAUUCCCACCCCACCCGACCCCCAUCCUUUAUCUGUAAAGCAGUGCUUCUCAAAGUGUGGUGCUCUGCUUGUUGAUUUAUAAAAUCAUGAGAGUACUUGUUAAACAUGAGGAUGACUAAGCCCUAUUCCAGAGUAAAUCAGAAUCUCAAGACUCAGAUGUGCCUUUGGAAUCCUUUAUGCACCAUCCUGGACUGUGUACUGGAUUCAUAAGAGGGAGGAGUGUGUGAUGUGUCUAUCUCAUUUUAUCUUUUCAUCAGUGGAUAUGAUCAUUUAAGAAAAGAGUUAUUUUUAUAGCAGCAAAUCCUUAGGAGAAGAUGACUGUGUUCUUUAAAACACUUCAAAAUCAUUGGAAGAAAACUACAGCUGGGAUCUGCCUGCUGACGUGGGGAGGUCAUUGGCUGUAUGGAAAACACUGUGAUAACCUACUAAGGAGAGCAGCCUGUCAAGAAGCUCAGGUGUUUGGCAAUCAACUCAUUCCUCCUAAUGCACAAGUGAAGAAGGCAACUGUCUUUCUCAAUCCUGCAGCUUGCAAAGGUAAAGCCAGGACUCUAUUUGAAAAAAAUGCUGCCCCAAUUUUACACUUAUCAGGCAUGGAUGUGACUGUCGUUAAGACAGAUUAUGAGGGCCAAGCCAAGAAACUGCUGGAAUUGAUGGAAAACACAGAUGUUAUCAUUGUUGCCGGAGGAGAUGGGACAUUGCAGGAGGUUGUUACUGGAGUUCUUCGACGAACAGAUGAGGCUACCUUCAGUAAGAUUCCCAUUGGAUUUAUCCCACUGGGACAGACCAGUAGUUUAAGUCAUACCCUCUUUGCUGAAAGUGGAAACAAAGUCCAACAUAUUACAGAUGCUACACUUGCCAUUGUUAAAGGAGAGACAAUACCACUUGAUGUCUUGCAGAUCAAGGGUGAAAAGGAACAACCUGUGUUUGCAAUGACUGGCCUUCGAUGGGGAUCCUUCAGAGAUGCUGGCAUCAAAGUUAGCAAGUACUGGUAUCUUGGGCCUCUGAAAACCAAAGCAGCCCACUUUUUCAGCACUCUUCAGGAGUGGCCUCAGAGUCAUCAAGCCUCUAUCUCGUACACCGGACCUACAGAGAGACCAUCCAGUGAGCCCGAAGGGACACCUCCUCGGCCUUCGUUGUACAGGAGAAUAUUGCGAAGGCUUGCAUUAUCCUGGGCACAACCACAGGAUGCCCUCUCCAAAGAGGUGAACCCGGAGGUCUGGAAAGAUGUGCAGCUGUCCACCAUUGAACUGUCCAUCACAACCCGGAACAGUCAGCUUGAGUUGACAAGCACAGAAGAUUUUAUGAACAUCUGCAUUGAACCCAACACAGUGAGCAAAGGAGACUUUAUAACUAUAGGAAGUAAAAAGGUGAGAGACCCCAAGCUGUGUCUUCAUGGUACCGAGUGUCUCCAAGCCAGCAAGUGCACUUUGCUUCUUCCUGAGGGAGAGGGGGGCUCUUUUAGCAUUGACAGUGAGGAGUAUGAAGCAAUGCCUGUGGAGGUGAAACUGCUCCCCAGGAAACUCCAGUUCUUCUGUGAUCCCAGGAAGAGAGAGCAGAUGCUGCAGAGCACCGCCCCAUGAGAGAACAGAAGCAGUGCGCUCUGAGGUUGCACUUCAGGCUACCAAUGGGACCAAAAGGGAACAAAUGCCUGGACUAUGCUAACAGUGUUUUCAGAAUAUCCCUGGGGCAUGCAUUUCCAUGGCAAGUAUCCUGCUACUCUUUCUUGAGCAGUGCUUCCCAGGGUGUGCUCUGUGCCACCUGCUUUGUCAUCAGCUUUCUGUUAGUGCAUGCUUUUAUUUUGACGUGACAGUUGAGCCCCCUUAAAUAUUGAUUUUCCUCAGGCUAGUUCAAAGAGUUCUGACAGUCAGUUAUGGAAAAGGGUUAGACCUUUGUUAUCCCCCAAAAGUACAACCACAGUUGAAACAGGAUCCUUAAAUUGUAUAAGCUCUUCCAUUCCUGUUCUGUUCUCUGGCCACCCCAGGAAUUCCAAGAGAAGUGCCUGCCCUCCCCUGGUACCUUUUCCUGUUUCUCAGCUCCCAUGGGUGCUGCUACUUUGUGAGACCAGAUUCUUAUUUAGCUCUUGUUUCAGUUCCAUCCCCAAUCUAAAAAUGGAUGUAAGGUGGUUGUCUCCUACUUGCCAUGACUGAAAAUAGUUUUAAUUAGUUUUUAAAGAAGUGAAUCUUAAAUGUUGGAUUGCAUGAAGACUACAUUGGAGAGGAGGUGCAUGUUGAAAACUGACUUAACCGGGUCCCCACCCAAACCUAAUAAUCAGGAAUGGGGCCAAGGAAUAUGCAUAUUUUAAAAAAGCAGCCACUCCCCUACCCCACAGGUGAUUCUGCAAUGGUGGUCCUCAGUCUUACUUGAAGAAGUGGUCCACAAACUGUUCUGCUCGUGUACCCCUCACCCCUAUAAAAGUAAUUUGAAAAAUUAUGUAUUCCCUUAUUUAAGUUGACAGAAAAUUUUUCAUGGUAAGUUAAAUGGUUGCCAAAGAAUGUACUUUCUGGUGUCAUGUAAAUAUUUGCAUUUAAAAAUGAAAUUAUUAUACAUCAUUCUCUUAAAUACAUCUAAUGUAAUUUAAAUACCAUAGCAAUUUGACACCCCAUUAUCCAUUUGAAGAAAUAAGUUCUUUAGUAGUUAAAAAGUUUAAAUUGGCUUUUGUCCUUGUAUAUGUAUUUCCAUACCACUUUCAGCAAAGAAUGUUAUAAUGUAAUAUAUUUUGAUGCUUGAAGUUUUUUUAAUUGAUCGUCCUAUCAUCUCACCAACAAAUAAUAUGCAGCAAUAAAUUUUUAGUUCUUGCUUUAAAUGUUAACUCAGUACAGAAUUAAUUUUAUCAUAGUUAUUGGUACACAGUUGAUGAAAACAUUGUAAGUUUUUUAUAAUUAAAAUUUAACAUUUUAUUAGAAAUGCUUUUUAUCCUAAUUAGUUCAUUUAUUCGUGAAUACAUAAAUGUUAGUUAUAGCUGAGAAUAGGAUUCACCAUCAAUCAUACUCCUUGUAUCACUUUUUAAAGCUGUAAGCACAUGAAUAAGUAGGUGGGAACAGAAAAAAUUCUGUUAAAACAAUGUCAUCUGUUCUCUGAAUUCCUUUGGAAUUCAUGGUGUCCUAUCAGCAAAAAUUUUUAAUAAUGAUAUAUCAACUAACAACUUGAUUAGGUCCUCACUUAUUUUGAUGAAACUCCCUGAUAAUGCUAAGGAUUUGUUAGCCAGUCUAUUAGAACCAUUUACUUUCAGUGCUACCAUGUAACAUUUUCCUUUCUUUCUUUGG